UACUUGUUUCUGACGAGCUGUUUUCCAAUUUGGUUUAGAGAAUUCUUUGUUUCAGGUUUGAAAUGUGUUCUGUUUCAUUACUAACUCCGUGUGUCGCGAUAAAUUUGUUGUUUCUUUAUUUGACUUCACAGUGUUAUUUGCAGAUGCUAAAUCAUUUCAUAGAAUAUGUAGGUUGAUGAACGGCCUGGGUUAUUUCAGUUGAUUAAUGCAGCUUGUGAUUAUGACUUGGCAAUGUUUAAGAAUGGUUGAGCCUGUAGUUGUUGGUUUCUGGCCCAAGGCCCAUGUAAACUGCUUACUACUACCAUAGUUCAUAUUGCAUAAAGAACUUGAUUUGGACCUUUCAUGUUGACAAAUUCUGUAGCUUGGGUGGUCUUUUGUUUCUUAUUUAGUUAUCUUUUGCUUUUUAUCCUGAUUAUUUGAACUGUUUACCAAUUGGCCAUACAUGGAUUGCUAAAGAAUAAGAGAAAUACUAAAGAAUGGUUACUCUAUAGAUUCAACAUAGUUGAUUGGUAUAUGGUUUUAUGUUCCGGACUUAGUUUGUUCCCUAAGGACCUUCAGAAUUAGUAAGUGAGAGCAAAUUGUACUCAAUGUUCUCAGGGUUACUGUAAUUUGGUUCAGAAGCUUAACAGAGUAUAUGCAACCAAGACACGGGCCUUCAUGUUCUGGCAUUUGGUUUGACUUAGCAUCAGCUUACCUUGAAACACAUUAUGGAUUUCCGGUAUAUAUGAUCUCCAUCAAUGGUCCAUGCUAGCCCAGACAUGUAGUAGAAAUAUUCAUUAUUUGCUAGGUUUUCUACUGAGUGUAACAGAGGGCCACUUGAAGUUUUACUUUUGAUUAUUUCUAAGAAAUUUAAAAUUAACAUUUAAAAUGAAAUUAGGCAUAGUUUUGGAAUUGCAGAAACAUCUCUUGAGUUCCUUUAUAAUUUCUUUUUGUACUUUGUAUAUUUCCAUACGUCCAUAGUUGAUCAUAUUCUUCCCUGGAGGGGAGAUAUGAAAACUAAAAAUUCUUCAACUUCCUUUAUAGUAAUAUCCAAAUGAGCAGAUCAAAGGCUGAGUAACCAUCAUGUUGCUCUAUCCUCAUGUUGUUUGAAAUUUUGAUCCUUGGAUCUGACAGUCUUUUGCAUUCUAAUCACACCUUUCGUAUUUGCAAGCACCUGUAAUAUUCAAACUUAUAGGACAGACGAGGAAGCCGCUAUUCUGGCCUUCUAGUUAGAGAUUGAUUAUUGAAGAACUAAAGAUGCUAUUCAACUGGAUGAAUUACUUGAUGUCAGGGCUGUCUGUGGCGUACUUAUCUGGUAAGCGGUCUGCAAGUAGCCAACAAUUUGGGGCAUACAGUGAAGAUGAUGUUGAUUCAUUGAGGGCAUUAUCUGAAGAGCAAGGAAUUGUCGAUAUAUUCUUGACUAACGAGUGGCCCACUGGGGUCACGAAUAGAGCUGCUUCAUCUGGUGUUCCUCCUGGAAUGUCAGAUCCAUCUAUUGGGGACUCAACCAUAUCAGAAUUAGUAGCAGAAAUCAAACCACGUUACCAUAUUGCAGGCGGUAUGGGUAUCUACUAUGACCGUGAGCCCUAUGCUAAUGUUGGUGCUGUCCAUGUGACUCGUUUUAUAGCUCUUGCUCCAGUUGGAAAUAAAGACAAACAGAAAUUCAUUCAUGCACUUUCACCCACUCCAGCAUCCAAAAUGUCCAGUGCUGAGCUCUGCACAAAACCAUCAAAUACUACUUCAUCUCCCUAUUCAUUUGCAGAGGAAACGGGAUCUGGCGAUGGAGCCAUAAAAAGAUCCGGUGACAGUGUUUCUGAUACACAGUAUUGGCGCUAUGAUGUCUCUCAGAAAAGGCAGAAACAUGGUGAUGGAGAAGGUGGUGGGUUGUGCUUUAAAUUUGUAUCUUCAGGGUCUUGUCCAAGAGGCGAGAAGUGCCGUUUCCGGCAUGAUGCAGAUGCAAGGGAACAAUCCAUUAGGGGUGUAUGUUUUGACUUUUUAAACAAAGGAAAAUGUGAAAGAGGCCCAGAUUGCAAAUUUAAGCAUAGUAUACAGGAAGAAGGUCAAGGAUUUUCUAGCAGGAGUGCUGGAAGCUCGAACAGGUCCAAGGAAUGCUGGUUUUGUUUGUCGAGCCCCAGUGUGGAGUCACAUCUAAUCACUAGCAUAGGGGAAUACUGCUAUUGUGCACUAGCUAAAGGACCAUUAGUCCAAGAUCAUGUGCUGAUAAUACCCAUUGAACAUUUGCCUAACACCCUGUCUCUCCCACCAGAAUGUGAAAAAGACUUAUAUAGACUCCAAAGCAGCCUUCAAGCUUAUUUCAGGAGACAAGGGAAGGAAGUAGUUUUCUUUGAGUGGGUUUCUAAACGUGGAACUCAUGCCAAUCUUCAGGCUGUUCCUAUCCCAUCAUCCAGAGCAUCUUCUGUUGAACAUAUUUUCAAUUUGGCUGCCAAAAAAUUGGGGUUCACAUUUUCAACAGUUAAGAGUGAUAACAGUUUGGAUGGACGAAAAGUGUUGGGAAUGCAUCUUGAUAGAAAUCAGAAUUUAUUUUAUGUGGAAGUUCCUGGAGGAACAAUCCUGUCACAUGUCGUUGACGAGAAUGAAAAGUUUCCUGUUCAAUUUGGUCGUGAGGUUCUGGCUGGGUUAUUGAAUAUUGCUGAUAAAGCUGAUUGGAGGAAUUGCCAGCUUAGUAAAGAGGAAGAAACAAAAAUGGCUGAUGAUUUCAAGAGUCGAUUCACUGAGUAUGAUCCAAAUAGCUGAUAAUUAAUAAGUGCAGGUACGGUGUACCAGAACUCUGAAUGUUGCUUUCAUGGUAUCCCACUAUGUUUGUUACCUUUAGCUUGGCGCUGGUGGCUGUUGCCGUGUUACUUUGUGUAACUGUUGCGGUAAACGAGUUGGACAAGCAUACAAUAUUCACUUAACAUCUAUAUUGCGUCAGUUUGUGGUUGACCCAGGGGGCAACAGUUUAUCUCAUCUAGUAAGGAGCUAACGCCUGCUUGGUGGCAUCCUAAUAUCAAAAUGCAUUGAUCCCAACAUUGAGACAGAACUUUGUCGAAUCUUUCAGCGGCCAUUCACAACAUACAGUCAAAAGGGACGAAGUUACCAGUUUAUGCAACUAUGAGCUGUUCUCAAGUGCAAGCGUGUGUUCUCUUCUUGUCCUAUUAUUCUUCUCAUGCCCACGUCCUUGGCCCCCAAAGAUGAAUACACCGGCUCAUAAAUUUCUGCGGUUGUUUAUUUGGUUUUCACCACCAAAUCAUCCAAAACCACCUUUGUAACAACAUACUUUUAUUUUGUUAUUGAUUUUUGCAGAUUCUAA